UUAUUAUUAUUAUUAUUAUUAUUAUUAUGUAAGUAAAAAAUAGUAGUAAUUUGUCUUCAAAGAUAUACUAGUCUUGAUAGAGUCAACAUUUCCUGGACUUCACGAAUCACGAUUUGGAGAGAUGUCUCAGGCGGUCAGUACAAGCCUGAUGCUAAUCGGAUACUUGUUUUACUUAGUGGUGGGGGCUGCUGUGUUUCAAGCUCUGGAACAGAAUUAUGAGAAGGAACUGAAGACAGACACCUUCCGUCAAAAGUUGAUGUUUCUGAAAAACUAUACAUGUUUGACGAAAGAAGCUGUUGAAAAGUUUGUAGAGGUAAUGACUGAAGCCUUCAAAAAUGGUGUGAAUCCACUUGAAAACAAUAGUUCCAGUUCCAGUAACUGGGACUUCAGUAGUUCUUUCUUCUUUGUUGAAACAGUAGUGACAACCAUAGGAUAUGGGUACUUGGCCCCACGGACUGCAGGAGGCCAAAUAUUCUGCGUGUUUUUUGCCAUGUUUGGAAUCCCCUUGAAUCUGAUUGUUCUGAACCAUGUGGGGAAGACUCUCUCUUCCUGUGCUGAACGGCUGGGGAAAAAGCUGUACAGCAGAGGAAUGGAAAAGAAAAAGGUGAAGUUUCUGACCCUCCUUUUCUUCGUGGCGAUUGGCGUUGUCUUAUUUCUGGCUUUGCCUCCACUAAUAUUCUGUUUGAUGGAGGACUGGAGCUACAGGGAAGGAGUGUACUAUGCAUUUAUCACCCUGAGCACGAUCGGAUUCGGUGACUAUGUAGUUGGUAUCAAUCACAAGCCAUAUUACCGGGCACUAGUAGCUUUCUGGAUCCUUUUUGGAAUGGCAUGGCUGGCUCUCCUGUUUAAUUUACUGACUACUUUUUAUGAAGACACUGAAAAGAAAAUCUCCAAAGUGCACCAAAAGAGAAAGGCUGCCAGGGCCAAAAAGAACACGGCUAAUGGCUCCCAGCCGACCACUCCUGUUUCGAAAGAAGAUGUUGCCAUGGAGACUGAGGGCAGUGCACAGCAAGCAACUGUCUCAUUUUUGGAACUCGACAACUCAAGACCAAACAGUCAGCUUGCAUAAGAGCAAAUAUUACCCUUGUGACCGAGAACAAACCAGUAGCCAGCAGUCUAAUCAGACAUAAGGUCUGUCAAGUAUAUUUAACAUUCAGGGCUGACUACUUAUAGUAAACUUGACAAACUGCUGGUGAGCUGUGUGAUUCAGUCAGGACAGCACCUACUUCUACCUACUACAAGGUCCGAGACUGCUUGAUAUCUGUGCUGAAAAUGAAAGCCCAACAGAUAAAACAUCACAUCACAAGUUUAUAUAUUAUUGUACUGUUCCCUUUUAAGAUAAAAAAAUGACGCAUGGUUUCACCAAAGUAAGUAAAAAAAGGAACUUCAAAAGAGCCCCAUUUUUAGUUCCUCUUAAUACCUUGUUCGUUUGGGGGAUGUGGUUAGUUUUUUAGUCUGUCAACAAAGGAAAGUAAAAUGUGUGCUCUGAGGUGGUCUAGCUAAGCUGCUGUUCCUGGUGGAGCAAGAAAGUAUAUUACUUAGAAUAGGCGUUGGACUUCACAGCCUACGCAAACAAAUGUACAAAUAGAAAGAGGACAGACUCAUUUGUGUAGUUUAGCAGCUUACUUUUUAGCAACUGCUGAACUUACUUAUAAAAGAUCUUUUUAUAUUCUAUAAGUGAGAGUAGGUAGGAAGCAUUGACUCCAAGGUGCAGCAGUGGCAGUGGAUUUCAAAUCUGGGGCUAAACAUCAGUCCUCUACCUAUGACACAUUAACAAAUGUUUUGGCCUACUGUGUAGAUUACCAAAAUAUGUAUCUAAAUGGUGCAGGAUCAUUAUUGUUAAAAAGCCUCACCUAUAACUAUUUAUUACUGCUGUUACUUAUAGAACAUUUAUUUACAUUACCAAAACAAUUCCCCAAGUGUUUCAAUAUAAAUCAGUGUGUUAGAAGGGAUCAACCAGGCUACAAUAUUAGGAUCCUCUAUUAGAGGUAAAAGUUUCAUAUUUUGAUACAGCAAUAGUUCUGCUGUGUUACUUCUUUUAACUGAGACUAAAUGUGAUCCAUCAGUAGUUAUAAAGUACUACUUACAGCACCUGUUUGCUUGUGGUAUUAAAGUCAGCAUCUAUUUUUAACAAAAAAGGUUUCAGUUCUUUUAAGUAACAAUAAUUGCAGAAGUUAGUUUGCCACAAAAGUGCUUGAAUCCCUCUUUUUUUUUUUUUUUUUUGGUGUCAGAAAAAGAAACCCAGCUGUAGCCAGUACAGAUUACUUGGUUCAUACAUCCUUGUUCCCAGGAUGUUGUUGCUUUCAUUGUUAUUUCUUUGCUUAGACAAUUCAAAAAAAAUAAUUCCACAGCUAUAUGUGUGUAUAUAUG